AUGUACUUUUUAACUCAUAUAGGAAAAGGUCCAAAUUCAGCUUAUGGAUUUGCUACCAGGUGCUUGGAAAUUUUGAAAAAUCAGUCAUGUCAUAUUGAGAAGGUAGUUAAGAGGCAAACUACUCAAGAAAUUCUAAAUAAUCGACUACAUGUUAAAGCUUUAAUAGAUAUUGUUCGUUGGCUUACAUUUCAAGCAUGUGCUUUUAGAGGACAUGAUGAACGUCCAAAAUCAAAAAAUCGAGGUAAUUUUCUUGAAAUGUUGGAACUUUUAGCAUCAUAUAAUGAACAAGUAGGUGCUCUUGUUUUGGAUAAUGCUCCACAAAAUGCUAAAUACACCUCGCAUCAAAUUCAAAAGGAAAUUUUGCAUGUCUUUGCUAGAAAUGUUCAGUCUUCAAUUCGUCAUGAGAUUGGUGAUGCAAAAUUCUGCUUAAUUAUUGAUAAAGCUCGAGAUGAAUCUAGAAGAGAGCAAAUGGCCCUUGUUAUUAGGGGCCAAGGGUAUGAUGAUGCUAGUAAUAUGCGUGGAGAGUGGAAUGAAUUGCAAAAAUCUCAAGACAUUUUAAAUGCUAUGUAUUUGGUGACUACCACAAAGACUUUAAUUCAGAAGUUAAGAGAUGAUGGCUGGGAAACUCUUUUAGAAGAAGUGACAUCAUUUUGUAAGCAUCAAGACAUUGAAGUUCCUGAUAUGGAUGCUUGUUUUUCUAGUGUGGGACAAUCUCGCUGUAAAACAAAAUCAAUAACAGUUGAGCAUCACUAUCGAGUUGAUAUAUUUGCAGCUAUCAUUGAUCAACAGUUGCAAGAGCUAAAUAAUAGAUUCAAUGAGCAAACGAUUGAGCUUCUUAAGUUGAACGCAGCUUUAGAUCCUAAAAAUAACUAUAAAUUAUUCAGUGUUGAAGAUAUAUGCUUACUUGUUGACAAGUUCUAUCCUAAAGACUUUUCUAACCAAGAAAAAACUCAUUUGAGAUUUCAGUUGCAGCAUUAUGAGCUUAAUGUGCCCAAUCAUCCAAAGUUAAAGAAUAUGUCAUCGAUUGCUGAUUUAUGUCGAGGAUUGGUUGAAACUGAAAAAUCAACAAUUUAUCCACUCAUUGACAGUUGCUCCUACCAGUAUGAGUCUUGUGCUCAGUUAAUACAAUCUACUGAGUUGUUUUCAGAUACCAAACGAUUCUGCCAAAUUAUUGGUGCUAUUCAGUAUCUCACAUUUACUCGACCUGAUAUCUGUUAUGCUGUAAAUAAGAUACCCAAUAUCAGGGUCUCACAUGUACAACAACAUCAAAGAAGUAAGAGAGGCAAGAAGAUCAGAGAUAUAGCAUCAGACUGUCAAGGUAAAAGUUCAUGGCCAGAGCUCCUUGGAGCACAAGCAAGGGUUGCUGUUGUGACAAUUGAGACGCAGAACCCUUACGUUGACACUCAAGUUGUGCUGGAAGGAACACCAGUGACUAAAGAUUUCUCUUGCACUAGGGUUCGUGUUUGGAUUGACCAAAACAGAAUUGUCACUCGCGUCCCUGUCAUUGGUUAGAUUUCAAGCAUGCUGUUGCUUUAAUUUCUCCCAAAAAUGAAAUAAGGAGUGACGAUUCUCCAAUGUCUGCCCUUUUCUGGUUAUUGUACUAAUUAAUAAGAGAGAUGGAUGUCUGCAAUAUUAUUAUGCAAUCGUGUUUUGGCACAAGACCAGUUCAAUGAAAGUUACAUAUAUAUGACUAAAUUUUAGUA